UUGAUUCCAUUCAUUCGAAGUGCACAAAAGCCUGGAAUUUCUUGAAAGACAAGCCCGCUGAGCAUUGGAGCAGAUCACACUUCAAGGUUGAGCCCAAGUGCGAUAUUCUACUUAACAACCAUUAUGAGAGCUAUAACUCUAAGAUUCUCCCAGCUAGGAAGAUGCCAAUUUUGGGAUUGUUGGAGGAUAUGAGAAUAAACUCAAUGAUAAGACAUGCAAAUCGGAGGUGUGCAGGUCCUAGAUGGAAGAGUAAAGUUGGGCCUAGAAUUGAAAAAAAUCUGAAAAAAAUGCAGAUAGAAGCCAUGAGUACACCCCACUAGAGUCUUUGCAUUUGAGGUUUCAAGUUCAAGGAAAAGGGGUGGCUUGCCAAUCAGGAGUUAAUAGUUUGCAUGAUGUUGAUCUCCAAGCAAGGUCAUGUACCUGCAGGAGGUGGGAACUCAGUGGACUUCUAUGUCCACAUGCAAUCGCUGCAAUAUUCUCCAAGGGUUAUAGACUAGAUGACUUUGCGGAUGAGUCUUUUUCGCUAAAGAACUACAUGCUUGCAUAUGAACCUGCAAUAAACCCAAUCCUUGGUGUUGAUGAAUGGGAGGUUGUUGAGAGGCCCAUUUUACCUCCAAGGUACACUAGAGGACCUGGAAGGCCUAAGCUAUCAAGAAACAAGGAACCAGGUGAGCAAGCACCAACUCCUGGAACAACCAAGUUGUCAAGAAGUUACCAUCAGUCCUUACUUGUUAAGUUUGUAAAAAAGAUGGCCAUAAUAAGAGGACUUGUUCAAGGAGACAGCAACAAGGCAAUGAUUCCCAAGCUGGGGUUCAACCAUCAGAAACUGAUGAUCAGAGUGUCCAUGUGGAGCAAGCUGAAAAUGUUCAAAGUGAUGUGCAAGUUGAAAGUGAUAUGCAUUAUGGAUCAUUGCAGCAAACUGCAAAUGUACCAACACCCUCAAUUGUUGCAAGUGCUUCAUCUCAACCGAUGAUCUCAUCACCACCUCUACCUCAGUCUUCUUUGCAGCCCACUGUUAUCGGAUCAUCUCAUACGUUUAGGACGUUUGUAUGUCCUAAGACAGGGAUGCCAUUCAAGACCAAGUCAAUAGCACAUAAGCCUAAGCCUAAACUUGUGAUAGGAACAAGCACUAAAGCAAGAGCCCAACAAGGA